AUGCACACCAAGAUGCACAGUUUCUCGCAUCAAGGUUGGAACACCGAAGAGAAUCGUGACUCGAGGACUCUGAUCAACCGUGUCCGGCAUGGCCUGGAUCUUUUCGGCAGAGCUGAUGAGCUUUAUGACAAAAUUGAGGAUAACAAAGAUGUGCCUUCCUAUAUCACAGCGCAGUACGAGCAGAAGGGUCGAUUCAAGUAUCUCUUGGAUCGUGAUGGAGAAGACGCGGGCUUUGAUGAUGUAUCGGCUGCCGUUCAGCAUGAUAUCUACUUCAAGUAUGGCUCGUCCUUCUACUCGUAG